GCACAUAGUUCAUCAGCCAAUAAGAAACGAAGCGAGGAGGGCGUUAGGGUGAAGGCGUAUCUCAGGAGAGAAGAUGGAUUUUCAACAGCAUGGAUACCGGGCAACAAAACCCAGAGCCAGAGCAUCUCCUCCCAGUGGCCCACUUCUUUUUGAUGACACCAGUUCUGGGCCCAUGAACAACCAGAACUACUACAGUUCGGGUUAUAAUAUGGCUGAAGUGCCAGCGGGUGGUCAAGAGCCUGGAGUUGGCAGCCUCUUUGGAGAUCCGAUGGCCAAUGCUGCCAUGAUGUAUGGCUCAUCACUUGCCAAUCAAGGCAAGGAUAUUGUGAACAAAGAGAUUAACCGAUUCAUGCCAGUGAACAAGCUGAAAAAUUUAUUUGCAGUUGAUACCAAAUAUGUCAUGAAGAAACUGAUGAUUCUCAUUUUUCCAUACACGCAUCAGGACUGGGAAGUACGUUACCACAGAGACACUCCUCUCACACCACGCCAUGAUGUCAAUGCUCCAGAUCUCUACAUACCCACAAUGGCUUUUAUCACCUACAUUUUGCUGGCAGGAAUGGCUUUAGGAAUCCAGAAACGAUUCAGUCCAGAGGUUCUGGGUUUGUGUGCAAGCACAGCUCUGGUGUGGAUCAUUAUUGAAGUUCUAGUCAUGUUGCUCAGUCUUUACUUGCUCACCGUUCACACAGACCUCUCGACAUUUGACCUUGUUGCCUACAGUGGAUACAAAUACGUGGGGAUGAUUUUAACAGUGUUGUGUGGACUGCUCUUUGGCAGUGAUGGCUACUUUGUUGCUCUUGCUUGGUCUUCUUGUGCCCUCAUGUUUUUUAUUGUUCGUUCUCUAAAAAUGAAGAUCCUUUCUUCAAUCUCAGCAGACUCCAUAGGUGCAGGAGGGAGUGUCAAGCCCCGCUUUCGCUUGUACAUCACUGUGGCAUCUGCUGCCUUUCAGCCAAUCAUCAUUUACUGGCUCACCGCUCAUUUGGUCAGAUGACCUACAGUAUUUAAUUCUAUGAAGGAACUUAUAAAAUGACAAUGCUGGACUGGGAUGCCUUCAAACUUUGGCAUUGUUAUAUAAAGGAAAAAAAAGUGACUUACCAUGAUUGUGUUUUUUUCACAGAGGAUUUGUGUGGUCUGAUCUUCAAUAUUGGCUUCAUCUGCAGAUCAAUUGUUGAAAAUAUAAUUUAAGUUUUACAGGAUUGUGUUUUUCUGCCAUUUCACAUGGAGAAAUGGGAAAAUUACCAUUUGACUGCUAUUGUGACUUUGCCAUGCUGUUUUAGUGUCACAAAAUCCAGACUUCCUUUUUAAAGGGAUAGUUCGGCAAAAAAAAAAAAAAAUAAGAUUUUGUCACCCUCAUGUUUUUCCAAGAAAAGAAAUACUAUGGAAGUCAAUGGGGGCUGUCAACUGUCUGUUUACAAGACGGUUGUAUCUGAUCUUUUUUUGUGUUCAACAGGGGAGAGAAACUCAUACAGGGUUGGAAAAACAUUAGGGUGGUGAAAUGACUAUUUCUUUGGGUGAACUAUCCCUUUUAAGAGGCAUGCUAAUCUAUCUGCCCUGUGAUGUGAUUCUUGUGUGAUGUGCAAUUGGUGAACACAUGGUCAACUCAAGUGCCCUUCUUUUCUGGUUAUCUGUGCAUGAAUAGCAGUGUUCCUCUUUAUAGCUAAAUAAAGUCCAUAAUUUAGGCCUUU